GCAGAGGAGCAGCAAAUAAAAGAAACUGCCGAGUCAGUGUUGAUUCUGACAUUCGUGCGCAUGCGCAUAAACUAUGUGUCCGGAUCUUCAAUAUAAGCCCGCGAUGGCUGAAGGUUGUCCGGAAGAUAAAAGACCUGUCUUUGGAAACAGGAGGUUGGAGGACACCGCGCGAGUAUUGGAGCAUAAUGCUUGGGAUGACGUGGAGUGGGGAGAGGAGCAGAAGAGAGAAGCUGAAGAGAAGGUCGCGGAGAACUCACACGACCUGGUCGCGGAGGAAGAGAGGGAAGGCUACGAGGCGGCAGCGGCAGAGUAUUGGGACAAUUUCUACCAGCAGCACCAGAACAAGUUCUUCAAGGACAGACACUGGCUGUUCACAGAGUUCCCAGAGCUGAGCUCGGACCCACGGUCUGGGGUGGACAGACGAAGAACAGUGUGGGAGGUUGGCUGCGGAGCUGGCAAUACAGUUUUUCCUCUUCUGCAGACCAACAAAGAUGAGGGUCUGUUUGUGUACUGCAGUGAUUUCUCUAAGACUGCAGUCAGGCUUGUACAGGAGAACUCUCUGUAUGCCGAGGGUCGUUGCCACGCCUUCCAGUGUGACAUCACAGAUCAUGCCUGCCCCCCUCCCUUCCCUCCCUCCUCUGUCGACAUCAUCAUCCUCGUCUUUGUCUUGUCCGCCAUUCACCCUUCCAAGUGAGACUCUAAUAGCCAACGCUGCUGGAAAAAGUUGGUGCUCUAAAUUGUGUGGAUCCAUGGCAGAGUACAGUAUAAUAUCGGUUCUAUUGUUUUGUGGAGAAAAGCAUUUGUGAUUUUAAAAUGACGAAAACUGUUUUUUUCAUGAUGUGAAUGUAGUGAACUUGGUAGCUGUGUUGUUUGUUGUAAAGGAUGCAGGCAGUGGUCGGUUGGGUCUGCUCUUACCUUCGUCCCGGAGGACUUAUUCUGUUUAGAGACUACGGCAGACACGACAUGGCCCAGCUAAGGUUCAAGAAAGGUCGUUGCCUAGGAGACAAUUUCUACGUCCGCGGAGACGGGACUAGGGUAUAUUUCUUUACAGAAGGUGAAGUUGACGACCUCAUGACGGAGGCUGGAAUGGAACGGAGACAGCUGUAUGUGGAUCGUAGACUCCAGGUCAACCGAGGAAGACAAGUCCAGAUGUACAGAGUAUGGGUCCAGGCAAAAUAUGUGAAAAAACCGUCCUCAGCUGACAGUGAAAAAACGUAGUCAUUUCUUCAUUGAUAUAUUUGGCACAGAAUUUCAAAAGAAAUGUAAUACAUAAG